UUGAUCAAAAAUAACUAAAAAAACUUUUCCGCCUUGAUUACGUACAUUUUCGAUUUGAAUAUUCCCUCAACCAUUAAUUCGUAAAUCUUAUGUUAAAACCCCUUUUUUGACGACGAUUUUUCUUUAUUUUAUUAUCAGAAGAUUAUAUACAGAACAUAUAUCAGUUGAGAAGAAAAUUCAAUUGGAGGCUUAAUUUUGUUGCCGGAAUUAAUCGAUCAAUCACCAUGAGUUUCCUUUUUGGAAAGAAAAAGACUCCGGCAGAACUUCUUCGGGAGAAUAAGAGAAUGCUUGAUAAAUCAAUUCGCGAAAUAGAGCGGGAGAGACAGGGUCUACAAACACAAGAGAAAAAACUUAUUGCUGAGAUAAAGAAAAGUGCCAAGCAAGGGCAGAUGGGAGCUGUUAAGGUGAUGGCUAAAGAUCUCAUAAGAACACGUCAUCAGAUUGAAAAAUUCUAUAAGCUCAAAUCCCAACUGCAAGGUGUAUCCCUCAGAAUUCAGACAUUGAAAUCAACACAAGCAAUGGGGGAGGCGAUGAAAGGUGUUACAAAGGCAAUGGGCCAAAUGAAUAGGCAAAUGAACUUGCCAUCCCUUCAGAGAAUAAUGCAAGAAUUCGAAAUGCAGAAUGAAAAGAUGGAACUAGUAAGUGAGGUGAUGGGAGAUUCCAUCGAUGAUGCACUGGAAGGAGAUGAAGAGGAAGAAGAGACGGAAGAGUUGGUGAAUCAGGUUCUUGAUGAGAUUGGAAUCGAUAUUAAUUCUGAGCUUGUUAAUGCACCAUCGACGACUGUAGCAGCCCCAGCUGCAAAAGGUAAGGUUCCACAAGCUGAGUCAACAGAAAAUGACGAUGGCGGGAUAGACAAUGACCUUCAGGCCAGGUUAGAUAAUUUGAGAAAAAUGUAAUUGACUUGUAAAGUACAAAUUAACUGGUUAGACUGGACGAGAUCACGGCUUUGUAACAUCUGUGAAGAUUAUUAAACUCCAUACUUUAAUAAUUUCAAUAGAGUACAUUUAUUUUUCA